GGUCGGCUCGUGCGACUGCCAGUCAGUUCGAGUGUCUUGGAAAAUAACAGUCAAACAUUUGUGGAUUUAAUUUUUGAUAUUGUGUUUUAAAUAUGUCAUCUCGUCCGUCCUCUCCACCACACCGCAGUUGUAUUUGAUGCUAGAUCAUAAUUAGUACGAGAUGGAAAGCAAGACGGGUAAUAAUUUCAUAAGCUACGUCGGUUUCGAGCAACAUGAAAUGCAGCCACUUGGUUCGAGCCGUCGAAAUUCACUAACUGAAAACAAUGUCAAGUUACUUGGGGGAGAAGUAAUUAUUGCAACGGCACAAAAUGUUCUGAUGUUUGCACCUGUUGGUGAUCUGUCACAAGGAAUUUCGGGAAUCCUAUCCCUGACAAAUUUUAAGCUCAGUUUCGUCACCACAGAUGAUGCCAGCAAUGAGGAAGUAACUCACCAGCAAAAUCAUCUCUAUGGGUAUACAGACAUGUGUUUGUCCAACAUUCAUGAUAUUUACAUCAUAGUAGGGGAUAAGAAACGACGACUGAGUUCUGGGAGCACCAUACCAUCAAAAGUCGAAGGGAUCUUCAUAGUUUGCAAGAAUAUGAGGACGUGGUCAUUCUCAUUUAAGUUUUCGCCAGUCGGUUGUGGUAAAAAUCUACUUACCAUUCUACUGCAUCACGCUUUCCCUAGUAGACAUCAACUCCUCUUCUCAUACGAUUACAAAGAGCCAUAUUACAACAGCAUGGAAAAAAGCGUCUGCUUGUUCAGAGAUCGUUCAGACUGGGAAAACGAACUUCAGCGUACAACUAGGUUGAGAGGGAACGCAAACAAAGCAUGGAGAGUAUCGACUGCAAACUUAGAAUUUGAAUUCUCCAUUAGUUUAUCGCAAUAUAUUGUAGUACCAGCAUCUGUCACAGACAGUCAGCUGAUGAGGGCAGCUAGGCAUUUUCAAGCUAGUCGACCGCCAGUUUGGUCUUGGUCCAAUGAGCGAGGUGCUGCUCUAGUCAGGAUGUCGGAAUUGCUGCCGACUAUCACCGAAAGGACUCAGGAGAAUAUUAUGAUUGAAAACAUCCGAAAAAGUCACCCGCAAAAAGUGGCACCUGAAGUUAUUGAACUAAAAAAAGACUUGACUGUCAAAUCUCUGGCUGCAGGAUUCUCAAAAUUCAUCAGCCUUUGUUCUCCAGAAAAUAUACGGCAAUUUUGGCUACAGGAUAACAAUUUUUACUCGUUACUUGAAGGCACCAAGUGGCUUAAAUCUGUUUCCUACUGUCUUGAAAAAUCGGUAGAAGCUAGUAAAUAUCUGAGCACCGGAACAUCGGUAGUUUUGCAAGAAGGGGACAGCAGAGAUUUAUGUUGCAUAAUUUCGAGCUUAGUGCAAUUACUACUCGACCCUUAUUUCCGGACCAUUACCGGGUUUCAAUCGCUUAUACAAAAAGAAUGGGUGGCUGCUGGGCAUCCAUUCUGUGAUCGACUCGGGCAUAUUAUAAAAGCAAAUUCAGAUAGGUCGCCGCUGCUUCUCCUCUAUCUUGACUGCGUAUGGCAACUGUGUCGCCAAUUUCCAGCCGAAUUUGAAUUUACCGAAACCUACCUCACUACGUUAUGGGACUCAGCGCAUAUUUGUAUCUUUGACACAUUCAUAUUUAACUGUGAAAAAGAUCGCUAUGACGCUGCUGUGGACCCCGGAAACCCUCUGGUGUUGCGAAGUGUGUGGGAUUGGAGAGAGCAAUUUAACGACUCAGACAUACUUCUAUUCUACAACCCUCUAUACAGUGCGUUGCCUGCAAAAAGUGGAAAGUCUAACUUAGAACCAGUGUACAAUAUUCCCUGUCUCGAAUUAUGGUCGCAAUGUUACUUCAGAUGGAUACCGCCGCUUGAAAUUCGGAAUGGAGGUAGAAAUCACAUAGAACUGUACUCCAGAAUUGUGCAAAACGAUAUAAAUCAACUGAAAGUCAAUGCCAACGGAAGCUGUGGCUCCCCCGUGGAUAAGGUGACAACGUAUUUAGUGCAGAUGAACAUAGAUAGCUUCUACCCUUUCAGCAAUAAAAAAUCCGGUAACGUUAUAAGUACCCCUAUUUUGAACAGUUCCACCCUUGUAACAGAGAGCUUAUUCGACGUGCAGUCGCUGGUCACAGCACCCGACUAAUUUGGUAAGAAUUUUCAAUUAGUUUUUUUCAUUAGUUUAAUAUUUACUACAUAUUUACUAUCGCGCGCUACUUAUAUCACAUGAAAUUAUCUUCCCAUUGUCCAAAAGUUUCAAUUCAACCACAUUCUAUCGGUUAAAAUAUGAUCAGGCAGCACAGUUUUAAUAAUACAUCAAUACCGAAGUAAAUUUUACCGUUCGAUAUUGAUGAAUUUAUUCCUAUUUAUAAUACACGUGGUAACUACUCCAAGUUUUCAAAGUUCUAUGACGCAUUUUUUGCCACAAAAAAAAAAACAUUUCUUACACAAACUAGCGCGGCAACAGAGGGAGUCGUCGCCAUUUCGACGACGAGUUUGAUUGCAGUAUAAAACUACGCAGGCAGCACCGUUAUAGUAAUACAUCAAAAACUAAUUUAUUUCUAUUUAUAAUGAAAAGAGCUUACUUUUAGCCAUACAUGUAUAUACCAUUUUAGCUAUGCACAUGUAUAUGAAUUACGUCAGGUGUGCUAAAAGACCGCGAGCCUUACCUCGAGUUGUAUAAUAUUAAGUUUCUGUAAAACUGAAUAUUUUUUUAAUAGUCAAUAAAUAAUUGAGAUAUAAUUGAA